CGAGAGUAAACAGGCCGCGCCGGGGAGUCGCGUUCGGCGGGGUCGGGCGCCGCGGGAGGACACGGCCCUGCUGUGCGUGCGUGGGGGCGGCCGACAUGACGGCCCCGGCCGGGAGCCCCCUGGCGCCGCUGCUGGAGACGCUCGACGACGCGUCCGCCGCGCCCGGAGAGCAGGCCGACGCUUACCUGGCCCUGAGCAGUCGAAUGACUGGAGAAGAUGGGAAAGAAGUCGUUACGGAAAUCGAGAAAAGGCUUCCCCAGCUCCUCAGAGUUUUGAAAAUUCACAUUUCCAGUCAAAAUUCAGACCUCAGUAGUGCUGCUCUACAGGCUUUGGGGUUUUGUUUAUAUAAUCCCAAAAUUACUGUGGGAUUAUCAGAGACAGAUAUUCAAGAACUGCUUUUAAAAUUGAAUGAUAGUGUUAAGAGCCCAGACAAAAAUGUACGUACUAGGGCACUUUGGGUGAUAUCCAAGCAGACGUUUCCUGCUGAAGUCAUUGGCAAAGUAGUAUCCACUAUAAUUGAUUCUUUAGAAAUAGUAUUUAAUAGAGGAGAGAUGCAUUCUGCUGUUGUUGAUUAUGAAGCGUUAAAUGUCAUCAUAAGACUAAUUGAACAAGCCCCAGUUCAAAUGGGAGAAGAGUCCAUUAGGUGGGCAAAACUGGUGAUACCUUUAGUGGUUCAUUCAGCCCAAAAGGUGCAUUUGCGGGGAGCAACUGCUCUAGAGAUGGGAAUGCCAUUGUUGCUUCAGAAGCAACAAGAAAUAGCAUCUAUCACAGAGCAGCUUAUGACUACUAAACUACUUUCAGAACUCCAUAAGCUAUUUAUGAGUAAGAAUGAAACUUACGUGUUAAAAUUGUGGCCUUUGUUUGUUAAACUUCUUGGGAAGACCUUGCAUCGAAGUGGGAGUUUCAUUAAUUCUCUGUUACAGCUGGAAGAACUAGGAUUUCGUAGUGGGGCACCCAUGAUUAAAAAAAUAGCUUUUAUUGCUUGGAAGAGUCUAAUAGAUAAUUUUGCUUUGAAUCCAGAAAUACUAUGCAGUGCAAAAAGACUCAAGUUGUUAAUGCAGCCUUUGAGUUCCAUCCAUGUGAGAACAGAAACUCUAGCACUAACAAAACUAGAAGUCUGGUGGUAUCUACUGAUGAGACUUGGACCUCAUCUUCCUGCCAAUUUUGAACAGGUGUGCGUGCCUCUGAUUCAAAGUACAAUAAGCAUCGAUUCUAAUGCUUCAGCUCAAGGCAGUUCGUCUCGUGUAGCUGCUUCUCCAGGUUUAAGUCCUAUGACUCCUAUACACAAAGGUGCUUCCCCAUUUGGAACUACUGUAACUCCCCGGAUGAAUUUAAGUUCAAAUUUAGGUGGAAUGGCCACAAUCCCCUCUAUUCAACUUUUGGGACUUGAAAUGCUGCUUCAUUUUUUGUUGGGUCCAGAAGUCUUGAGUUUUGCUAAGCAAAACAAACUCGUACUGAGUUUAGAGCCGCUUGAACAUCCGUUAAUCAGCAGCUCUUCUUUUUUUUCCAAACAUGCAAAUACACUUAUCACUGCUGUUCAUGAUAGCUUUGUUGCGGUUGGAAAAGAUGCUUCUGAUGUAGUUGUCAAUGCUAUUUGGAAGGAGCUGAUAAGCUUGAUGAAGUCAGUUAUUGAAUCAGGUAACAAAAAAGAGAGACCAGGUUCUGAAGUUUUGACCCUCUUAUUAAAAUCUUUAGAAAGCAUAGUGAAGUCAGAAGUAUUUCCUGUAUCAAAAACACUGGUCCUCAUGGAAAUUACAAUUAAAGGACUGCCCCAGAAAGUAUUAGGUUCACCAGCAUAUCAGGUUUCUAAUAUGGAUAUUCUUAAUGGAACUCCUGCUUUGUUCUUAAUUCGGUUAAUUUUCAACAAUAAUCUGCUGGAAUAUGGUGUAGAAGAUGAGAGGUUUUUUCUCAAUCUGGAAACACUUGUAGUCUGUGUCCUUUCUGGUCCAACUUCACCAUUAGCUUUCAGUGACUCUGUUUUGAAUGUUAUUAACCAAAACGCAAAGCUGUUGGAAAACAAGGAGCAUCUCUGGAGAAUGUGGAGUAUUAUAGUUACUCCAUUAAUCGAAUUGAUUAAUCAGACCAAUGAAGUGAAUCAAGGUGAUGCCUUAGAACAUAAUUUUAGUGCCAUAUAUGGUGCAUUGACAUUACCAAUACACCAUAUUUUUUCAGUACAGAAAUUUCCAGUGGCCACCAUGAAGACCUUACUUAAAACUUGGUCAGAAUUAUAUAGAGCAUUUGCCCGCUGUGCUGCUUUGGUGGCAACUGCAGAAGAGAAUUUGUGUUGUGAGGAACUUUGUUCCAAGAUGAUGUCCAGUUUAGAAGAUUCAGGCUUUUCAAAUGUAUUAUUCUUGGAUAGGAUCAUUCAUAUAAUUACUGUAAUGGUUGAUUGCAUCGACUUCUCACCAUACAAUAUUAAGUAUCAGCCCAAAAUUAAACCACCACAGAGACCUUCAGAUUGGUCCAAAAAGAAGAAAGAGCCUCUAGGGAAAUUGGCUUCUUUAUUUAAACUUAUUGUGAGAGUGAUCUAUUCUUUCCACACUCUGAGCCUCAAGGAAGUACAUUCUGAUACUCUCCUCACUGUUGGCAACUCAAUCACCAGUAUUCUUUCUAAUGUACUUGGACGUAUUUCUUUACCUUCUAUGAUCCGAAAAAUAUUUGCAACUUUAACAAGACCUCUGGCAUUAUUUUAUGAAAACUUAAAGCUUGAUGAAGUUCCUAAAGUGUAUAGUUGUAUGAGCAACAAGUUAGAAAAGCUACUAGGAGAGAUAAUUGCUUGUCUACACUUCAACUAUACUGGAACUUAUGACAGCGAACUUCUUGAACAGAUCUCUCCAUUGUUGUGCAUAAUAUUUUUGCACAAGAAUAAACACAUUAGAAAACAAAGUGCUCAGUUCUGGAAUGCCACGUUUGCUAAAGCGACGAUGUUGACUUAUCCUGAAGAGUUAAAACCAGUACUAAGACAAGCCAAACAGAAAUUUCUGCUUCUCUUACCUGGUUUGGAAAAUGUUGAAAUUAUGGAGGAAUCCAGUGGACCAUAUUCAGAUGCAACAGAAUAUUCACAGUUAAAUAUGAAGAUAAGUGGCAUGGAAAGAAAAUCAAGUGGAAGAAGAGAUUCUUUUUUGGCACAAACAAAAGAUGCAAAAGAAAACAUGAAACCACCAGUCAAAUUGAAAUUAGAAUCGUCUUCUUCAAAAACAAAGAGUGAAAUGCCUUUGGAAGAAGAAAAGUCUACUGACUUUGUGUUUAUACCACCAGAAGGAAAAGAAUCAAAGGAAAGAAUACUAACUGAACAUCAGAAAGAAGUACUCAAAACAAAGAGGUAUGAUAUUCCUGCCAUGUAUAAUAAUCUGGAUGUUUCACAAGACACUUUUUCUCAGUAUACUCAAGAAGAGUCCGUGGAAAUUCCUACUUUAACUGAAAAAUCAAAGGAAGAUUCUAAGGUGAUAUUUAAGGACGGACAAACAGAGAGUGACAUUGUCUUUCCUCAAGAUGUCACAGAAAACUGUGGUACGGAUGAACAUCUUGGAAAGGCUUCCCUUUCGAAUGAGUGUGUUUCUAAUGACACAAAUCCAAAAAUACUGAGCAGUAAUAAUGAUGCCAGAAAGAAAGCUUUAAUUUCAUCAAAGAAAACCACCAAAUGUGCAUCUAGUGCAGAAAAUACUUCUGGUGUCAACAGUAGUUCAUUUUCUAAUGCCGUCAUUUCUGGAACUCCCCCACAGCCUACAAGUCGGAGGCAAACCUUUAUUACUUUGGAGAAGUUUGAUGGUUCAGAAAAUAGACCUUUUAGUCCGUCCCCCUUAAGUAAUAUGUCCUCAACUGUUACAGUGAAAAAUAACCAGGAAGUCAUGAAUAAAACAGAUAUUCCACCAAAGGCAAAAAAAAGAGAAAUGGCUUUUGUAAAAUCUGAUUCUGAAAAAAUAGUGCAUGGGAUUAAGAAAUCAAGCAGAAGGUCGAAUAAAGCUGAACAAACAGGGAAUAAAAGGUCUAAGCUCUUAAUGAGAUCUGAUCAGGAGAAAAAUACUCAGGAAUCUAUUGAUGGCACAGUAGUCUUAGAAAAUAACCCACCUGGUUUGCUUAAUCAAACAGAAUGUGUGUUAGAUAAUCUGGCUCACCUUUCUGAAUCUGCAGUGGAGAAUGAGGAUACAAUGCUUAAACCAACAAUAGAAAAUGCAGUAUUACUAGAAAACAAUACUGUAGAAGAGAAAACAGGAAUCAGUUUGGAAUCCAAAGAAAAUACACCCCCAGCUGUAAUACCAGCAGACCAAAUCGUAGAUGAGGAUAGUCCUGUUCAGAUCACUCCAAAUCAAAAAACCCUUAGACGAUCCUCAAGGCGACGUUCAGAAAUAGAGCCUACCACUGACAGCCAAGAAAAGGAAAAUAAUCCUCAAAAAAAAGAAAGACGUAAGGAAGAAGAAAAGACCCUUCAGAAAAGUCCAUUGCAUGUAAAAGAUGAUGUGAUACCUAAGCCAAAAGUGAUUUUUGAACAAAGUGUGCAGGAUAAUAUAAUUGAGAAAGGAAAUAAUUUACAUGAGAAGACUUUUGGGGAAACCAGCACUAUUGAUGAAAUUGAUGAAAGUAAAAGAAAGCUAGACCUUGAGAAUAUUAAAUCUGAGGGAGAUGGUGCCCAGGACAUUGCAGAUAAGCCCUCUGAAAAACCAGUAAGUGGACGAACACGGUAUCAAACCAGAAGAGCAUCCCAAGGUUUACUUUCCAGCAUUGAGAACUCAGAAUCUGAUAGUUCUGAGGCAAAAGAAGAAGGUCCCAAAAAGAAGAGAUCUGGCAAAUGGAAAAACAAAAGCAACGAUAGUGUUGACAUUGAAGAUCCAGAGGAGAAAGUGAUAAAACAGGAAUGUAUAAAUAUCCAACACCAGACACUUGAUCCCAAAGCAAAUUCUGAAGUAGAGAGAGACCUAAAAUCUCAGAUUUGUGAACAGAAAGAGGAAAAUAAUGUAACUAUUGAAGAUUCUACGGCGUCUUCAGAUUUAUCGCAGGUUUCUGAUGACGUACCAAAUACUUAUGAGGGAAAAAGUAAAACCAACAAAUGUGCAGAAUAUUCCUUUUCAAACCCUUCUGUGCCAGAAUCAAAUCUAAGGACUAGAAAUGCCAGCAAGAGAUUACAAAAACGAGAUUCUGUAGAAAAUAACACUGUGGGAGAAUCCUCAAAAACAGGGACAUCAGACGUUUCUUUGCCUUCUGAAAAAACUUUACAAAUGCUCGAAUGCCAGCAUAAGAGAAGUAAGAGGGUAAGGAGAUCUAAAGGUUGUGAUUGCUGUGGAGAAAAAUCACAGCCUCAGGAAAAGUCAUUCAUUGGGCUAAAGAGUACAGAAAAUUAUGAUGUAAAGGUCAGUGAAACCAAAAAGACAGAUACGCAAACACCUGUAACUGUAUCAGAAACUUCUAAUCUGUGCUCUGAGGUAAAACUUUUAGAUGAUGAACAUCACAGUGUGAAUUUUCAUUUGGAUCUCAAGGAGGAGAAUGAUGCUAUUAAUGAUUCAUUAGUUAUAUCUGAAACGGAGUUGAAAGAAAAUCCUACUCAAAACCCUCUUCCUUCCGAAGUUGUAAGUGUUGAAGAAACCUGUGAUAUGGAUUCUGAAGAAGCAACAUCUCUUGAAAGCCAAGAGCCAGCCAAUAAGAAAUGUAAAACUGCUAGCCCAUGUUUAAGUGAUUCCAAAGAUAAUUCACUGGAACAUUGUUCUGCCUUGGAGACCAACGAAGAAAAGCCAGAGUCUGUCUUGGAAAAGGAAGUAAGUUUAGAGAACAUUGUCAGUGCUGAAACAAAUGCAUGUAAAAUUAAAGCAGAAUUCGAUCCAGAAGAAGCAGAAGCUAUUGAAUUGGAUAUCGAAAGUGAUAAAUCUGAAGCUAGCUUUUCUGAACAAAAGAGUACUGAAACUGAUGUUCUUGAAGAAGAGGUAAUGGAGAUAAAGAGUGAAAGAAGUGAUGAAUCUGAAGCGGAGACAGCUGAAGAACUGGAGGCUGAAGAAUUUAAAUCUGAUAUUGGUCAUUCUGAUAAUACCACACCUAUAGAAGUGAACGCUCAGGUGGAGAUACCUAAACAAACAGCCGCCGGGGAAUUAGAUGAAGGAAGUGACGAAUCUGGUCCAGGCUCAUCUGAAGAAGUGAAUGCUGAAACCGAAAAUUGUGAAGAGACAGUGAUUGGUGAGGUGAGCAGUGAAACGGACCAAGUUAGGGAAACAGAGGACGGGGACUCGACCAAAAUCUCUACUAUUCCUGUAGAAGCCGAGACAAAGACAUCAGCUACCGAAAUCAGCAAUUUUGUUCCCAACACACUGGAGAUAAGCACUGAAGAAGGGAAGGUUGUUGACUCUAACAAAACUGAAACAAAUACUGAAUUUAGUAAGUCUGAAGAAACCAUAUUAGAGAACAAUCGAAUGGUUGAGGGAAAUGAUGAAGUUUUACAGGAAGUUCACCAUACUUCAGAGAAAGUGGAGGAAACCUCCCAGUCUCGGACAUCUGAAGCAGCCAUCUCUGAUCUAGUAACAGAAGACAAUAAUGCAUCUCCUCAGAAAUUAAGGGAACUUGAUCCUUUAUUUAUAUCAGCAAAUGGCAGUCCUAGUGGCAUGCAGACACGCUGUGUCUGGUCUCCUUUGGCUUCUCCCUCCACCAGCAUUUUAAAGAGAGGACUAAAAAGACCUCAGGAAGAUGAAAUAUCAUCACCUGUUCACAAGGUUCGCCGUGUCUCCUUUGCGGAUCCGAUAUACCAAGCAGGAUUGGCAGAUGACAUUGAUAGACGAUGCUGUAAUGUUAGGUCCCAUUCUUCAAAUAGUUCUCCCAUAGUAAAAAGUGUUAAAACUUCACCUACUGCACAUUUUAAGCAUAAUGCCACUUCAACCAAAGGAUUUCUGUCCCCAGGAUCACGUAGCCCUAAAUUUAAGAGCUCAAAGAAGUGUUUAAUUACAGAAAUGGUUAAAGAGUCUAUGCCAUGUCCAACAGAAAGUGUUUACCCAGCUUUGGUGAACUGCGUGGCUCCAGUUGAUAUCAUUUUACCUCAGAUUACAUCAAACAUGUGGGCAAGAGGACUAGGACAGCUCAUUAGAGCUAAGAACAUAAAAACGAUUGGUGAUUUGAGUACUCUUACAGCGUCUGAAAUAAAAACUCUUCCUAUCCGUUCUCCAAAAGUGUCCAAUGUAAGAAAGGCUCUUAGAGUCUAUCACGAGCAGCAGGUAAAGUCUCGUGGACUAGAGGAGAUUCCAGUUUUUGAUAUUACUGAAAAAACAGUAAAUGGAAUACAAACUAAAUCUGUCCCUUCUGAUGAAGAAAGACUUGCCUCAGAUUUAAUUGAUCCUGUUGCUUUAGAAACUCCAUUACCUAAAAAUCUUCUGGCGCAGAUUAGUGCACUUGCUCUUCAGCUAGAUUCAGAAGAUCUCCAUAAUUAUUCAGGAAGCCAGCUGUUUGAAAUGCAUGAGAAACUUGGUAGCAUGGCGAACUCUAUAAUAAAAAAUUUGCAGUCACGUUGGAGGUCACCAACUCAUGAAAAUUCCAUUUAGUAUUUUAAGAGAAAAUUGAAGAUUUUUUCCCCCCUCACAUCACUGGAUUUGUUGAUCGUAAAAUAAGUUCUGAAAUAUAGCACAAUUUCAGACUGAAUGUUUGAAAAGUUGGUAACAUUUCAAACCCUGAAGGGCUGUGAUUUACUAUGUAAGUUCAAUUUUGUAAGUUCAUUAUGUAAGAUUUUUGUUCAUGCAACAUUUUCUUGGCUACUAUGUGCAGUUUUUCCAAAAAUUUAAAUAUCCUACUGAAAUAGUGAAGCAAAAACCAGAAACAAAAGCAUUUUAUUUCACACAUUUUAAAUUCAUACGUACUCUGAUGAAACAUUCAUGAAAAAUGAAAAAUACUUUAUUUUAAGUAAGCAAAGUUGAACACUUCUAUUAGAAGUUUUUGCUGAACUGAUGAAGGUGUUUAUACUUGUUUGUUUGGUUUUUUUAUUUAUAUUUGUUGUGCCUGAGGCUUAAAAAAUUUGUUCUCAGUAGAACACCUCAGGUGAGAUGCAAAAAAAUGGAGAUGUGUUUUCACAGAUGUCAACUUUGGACAACUUUGAAGAAAAAUACCAAAAGUUGCAACUUUUGGGGUUAAAAUAUUAAAGCAGAACUUAAUACUAUUCCAUUCAUUUGCAUUAGCAAAUAUUUGCGCAGCAGCAUUUGCUUGUGAAAAUUUAGUCGUAUGAGACAUGCACGACUUUUUAAAAUGCACGACUAUUUGUACAUUAUGUAUAGAUUAUAAUGUUUUUAAUUUAUAAAUUUCAGCCUUUGUUAAUGGCAUGAAGUUUUCUGCAGCUACGUGUGAAUACCUUUGUUUAAUAGAAACCUAUUUUGUAUAUAUUAGAUACUGAGACAUCAGUAUGGACAGUAGAAGUGCUUUGUGGGCUUGCUGCAGAUGUUUGUAGGAUUCUGUAUCUACAAAUGAAAUAGUUUUGUACUUAGUAGUCUUAGUAAAAACAUGAGUUUAUUUUCUAAAGUAACCAGGAGUUAAAGUUAUAGAAAUGAGAAAGUGUUACAUGAGAACUUCACUAUUCAUACCCAUACUUUUUUGUUGUUGUUGUUCGGAAGGAGGAGGGUAUCAGCCACUGGAAAGCUUCAUUACAUUUCAGAGUUUGACUAUUUUUGUUACAAAUUGAACUAUUAACUAUUAAGUCUAGAAUUAAUCUGUUCUUUUCCACCUAUACCUAAAGCAAACUUGAAAGAAAUUUGAAACUGUUUUUGAAAUAUGUAUGUUUUGCCUACUUUAAAGAAAUAGGGUGUAUAUAAUUAAAACAUUUGUAAAUUUUACCAACUAGUAUUAAUUAGUCCCUGAAUUCCCGUAUUUGUUUCAUCUCUUUGCAGUGAGAAUAUUUCAUUUGUUCUCUGAUUAGAAUGAGUGAGUAAUCUUUACAGUUUCAUACUUUAUUCAGAACUAACCAGCUUAAAAAGGCACACAUUCUUCAGCAAGUUACAGGAAGUUUAAUUCUUGUGUUUAGUUAUUAGUUCCUGUAUUCAGAAGGGGACCACCUGCCAGCCAGGAAAGUUGAUCUCUUUUUCAUGAUUAUAAAUCCAUCAUCCUCACAAAUAUUUUGGGAGUGUAAGUUUCAUAGUCCUAUACCAACGUUGGUUUCAAAAGAAAUUCUGGAACCGUAAAACUGAGGAUUGUAGCUUAAAGAAGUAACCAAAAAUAGAAACUUAAACAGUUGUAAUUGUGGUUUAUAUUGUCUCUCAUUUCCCAAUUAGAUUUUAUAGUAAAGAGGCACAUAAAUUUUUAGUUAUUAACAGGUGUGAGUAAGGAGUAUGUAUAUGUUUGUUUGAAGAGUCAAAAUUGGCAUUUAUUUCAUGACUGUAUCUUACAGUUUGUGUGAACUGGCUGGUGAGAUGAAGUUCUUGAGAAUGUGAACCAUAUAGGAGAAAAUGUGACUAAAGUAAUUGAUUAGCAUUUACUUAAAUCAAUGAAUUUGAUACAAGCACAAGCAUUAAUUUUCACACGAUGUGAUUGAACCAAGGAUAUGUUUAAAAAUGUUAUUUGAAGGCAGCAGUUUGCUAAAUCUUCAUUUUUGAGAUGGUUGUGUGUUUGAGGCACCUUAUUUUUAAUAUUCUUGCCUUACAUUUUUCUCCAAAUUUUUCCCUGAAUGAUUUCUGAAUAGCAAAAAAUAUUAUUCCUCGAUCCAUUUCAGUACAUUAACUAUUAAAAUCAAAUCAAUUUUUGGCUAUUUUCUGAAGGUUAAUAAAGCAAAUGGCAAAUAUUAAUAACACUCCAAUGUGAUUUCUUAUUUUAUGCAUUUAUAGAAAGAAUCUGGUUGCAGAAGCACAGUAUAAUUUCUCGUUCCAAAUGGACUUCAUGUAGUGGAUUUAAAUUCUCAGUUUUGAACUGAGCUCAUUGUCAAAGAUGCUAACUUUUACAAGUUUCAAAGCCAUUAUUGAAUGCUAUAGAGCUUUUGCCAAACUUCCAUAUAGUGUAGAAUGAAUCUGAUACCAUGACAAUAUUAUUGGAUGAUAUAGUCUAAAAUAAGAUUUAAAUCUGAACAUAAAAAGCAUGAUAGUUCCUGGCAUUGCUCAUGGAUUCUUUACAGCUUGAAAGUAGUCAGGGAUUCUGUAAUAUAUUUAAGAAUCACAAAAAUGCCGAGGAACUUGGAUUAUAUUUUGCCUAAAAUAAAAGUGGCAGGGCAAGAAACAAAAUUAGGGGAAAAUGAAAGAGGUGAGUUUUUUUUUUUUUUUUUAAGAUCAAGGAAUGACAGUAAUUAAAAGUAACUGCUCUUUAGAAAACCUUUAUUGGAAUUUAACAGAAAAUAAAGUUUAAAGGGUUCACAUUUUCCCUUAAUGCCAUUCUUUCCAUCUUGACUAUAAUAUAAUCUAGUAAGAAGGGCCUGGUUUCCAUCCCAUAUUCUUCAUUAUUGAUUUUCGGGGAGAUAACUUGCAGCUAGGCUGGAAGGCCAUAAAAUAGCAGUUGAUAAUACUAGGCUGAAAUUUUGGAGAGGAGGGAGCGGUUUGCUCAUUAGCCCAAUCCAUUUUAUCCCUAAGCCAUCAGAAAGGUCUUCAGCAUUGAUUGUAUCCAAGCAUUAGAGUGAAGUUUUGACUCUUAACACGGUGCUUCUCAAACUAUGUAUGUAUGAAAAUGCAGAUUCUGAUUUCAGCAGGUCUGGGAUGCGUCCUGAUGGUUCAUCUCUAAAAGCUCCCGCAUGAUCGCGCAAAUGCUGAUGUCUGUGGCCUGCAUUUGUGGUAGUUAGGCCUGUGGGGCUUCGGGCUGCGGAUGAGGUGAUAACACAAGCAGGUGUAAGCCCCAGAAAUUGUUGCCACAAAAGAUAGAAUUUAGUAUUUUUUUAGAUAGCUUUUUCAAGGUUAUGAUCGGGGAUGCAGACUGGUCUUGAAGGCUUCAAAGUAAAGGUCAAAGGUUUUUCAGGAGUCAAGUGUAGAAUUUUGCUUCAUUUGGAGCUUUUUUUAGAUACAGGAAAUUUGUGCUUUGGGGAGGAAGAUUUAUAUUUUUAAAUAGGCAGACAGUUAUGUAUUUCAUGUUGUAAAGAAACUUACUAAAUAAGAGGCCAUGUGAACCUUUUCCCAACAGUAGUGUGUGUGGAUUAUGUUCUCUUUUUUAGCAUAAAACUAAAUUUUCAGGUAUUAGAAAUAUAUCUAGUCUGUAAAUAAAUCUUGCCUUCUAAGUUAAGGAGCUUCACUAUUUUACUAAUAACCAUUGUAGACAGACUACUCCUGGCAGUGAAGUUAGCAAUACCAAACAAAGUCGUAGCUGACAGAUGUGACUUGUCAUUGUAGUAAAGAUCUCUGGUUACUUUGCUGUUAAUUGUUGAGAAUUUCUGUUUUAUCUUAAAAUGGGGUCUGAAAGAUGUUGAAUAAUUUGGUUCUCUAAAAAUGAGUUUUUCUUAGCCUUCCGUUUCCUUUAUGUCUUAAAUACUCUUCAUAUGAAUUGGACUCAUCCAGAGCACUUAAUACAGCCCGGAGUUAAGUAACGGGUGUUUUGAAUUGAUAUAUGAAAAUGUGUCGAUGGCUUGAUCUGUAAAACAAAUCUGGGCCUUAGUUUGUGAUGGUCUGAUGAAUGAUACGUUUAUUACAUGCCAGGCUCUGUAUAUUGUUUACCUAUUAAAAUCUGAGUCAUUAGGAUUUGAAGAUGUAUAGCUAUUUAAUAGAGCGGUAGUCUUAACUGAGUGCUCACCCAUUUCUUGGAAUACAAUGUUAAGUUUCAUAACACGAUCUUAACCAUUUUUUUCUUUGUAUACCGAGCCAAAGAACAAAACCAAACAUGAAGUGCCAAGCUGUAAGUGCUUAUUCUCCUGAAGUGUAUACCAUUAGAAGAAAAGAGAAUUUUCCGUAUACCUGAGAGUAUAGGAUCAAAAGCGGUAUUUUAAAUUGAUAGCACAUGGAAUAAAAAAAUGUAUGUAGCUUUUUAGUACAAGGACAGUCGUGUAUAUUUUGAAAAUAGCUGACAAUUAUCCUAUAUAGGACAGUACCAGAGUUGAUAUUUGUAAAUACCCUGAAUAAUAAUUUAAAAACCUACAUUAUUUACAGGUCAUGUGUCUGGCUCAGUCACUGGUGGAGUAUGUGACUCUUGAUUUUGGAAUUGUGCGUUUGAGCCCCACAUUGGGUGUACACAUUGCUUAAAAAUAAAAUUUUUUUAAAAAGUAAAA